GGUCAUCAGGCGUCCCCGGAGAGGCCUCGCGGCGUCCCAUUUGCCGCCCCGCCGGGAGUGCGCGUGCGCGGUCGCCGGGCUCCCCUUCUUUAUUUCCCUCCCCCUGUCUCCCGCGGGGGCUCCCGGCCCAGCGGGACCAUGUUCACCAGCACCGGCUCCAGUGGGCUCUACAAGGCACCUCUGUCGAAGAGUCUUCUGCUGGUCCCGAGUGCCCUGUCCCUUCUGCUGGCCCUCCUUCUGCCUCACUGUCAGAAGUUCUUUGUGUAUGACCUCCAGGCAGUCAAGCACGACUUCCAGAUUUGGAGGUUGAUAUGUGGAAGAAUAAUUUGCCUUGAUUUGAAAGACACUUUCUGCAGUAGUCUGCUUAUUUAUAAUUUUAGGAUAUUUGAGAGAAGAUAUGGAAGCAGAAAAUUUGCAUCCUUUUUGCUGGGUUCCUGGAUUUUGUCAGCUUUUUUUGACUUGAUCCUUGUUGAAGUGAUCCAAUAUUCCUUUGGUAUCACUGCAGCCAGUAAUUUGCCUUCUGGAUUCCUGGCACCCGUGUUUGCUCUGUUUGUACCAUUUUACUGCUCCAUACCGAGAGUCCAAGUGGCACAAAUUCUGGGCCCGUUGUCCAUCACAAACAAGACAUUGAUUUAUAUAUUGGGACUACAGCUUUUCACCUCUGGUUCCUACAUCUGGAUUGUAGCCAUAAGUGGACUUAUUUCUGGAAUGUGCUAUGAUAGCAAAAUGUUCCAAGUUCACCAAGUGCUCUGCAUCCCCACCUGGAUGGCAAAGUUCUUCUCUUGGACGCUGGAGCCUAUCUUCUCCUCUUCAGAACCCACCAGUGAAGCCAGAAUUGGGAUGGGAGCCACCGUGGACAUCCAGAGACAGCAGAGGAUGGAGCUGCUCGACCGGCAGCUGAUGUUUUCCCAGUUUGCACAAGGGAGGCCACAAAGACAGCCACAGGGAGGAAUGAUCAAUUGGAACCGUCUUUUCCCUCCUUUACGUCAGCGACGAAAUAUAAACUAUCAGGAUGGUCGGAGGUCUGAACAAGCUGCUUCCCCUCCUCCAGAGGUUUCUGAAGAACAGGUUGCCCGGCUUAUGGAGAUGGGAUUUUCCAGAGGUGAUGCUUUGGAAGCCCUGAGAGCGUCAAAUAAUGACCUCAACGUGGCCACCAACUUCCUGCUGCAGCAAUGAUGGUCUGAGGCUGACACUGGGACCAGCCCAACGCCGAAUGACAGGGGCAUGGCCCUGUCACCAAAUCAGCCUGGAGAACCAGGCAUCUCUGGCACUGACAUGCCGAUAGGGAGAGGGUGGUCCACCCUGCCCUUGACUCCAAGAUCAUUACUGUUAGAGUAUCAAAUAAGUUUGCCUUUAAAUUAGCAUGUAUUUUCUAUCUUUAUUUUUGUAUUGGGCAUUUCCCCUAGUUUGUGGGAUCUGAGAAUCGUCUCUCAUUCCUAAUGUCCUUAAAUGCAUUAAAAUUGCAGAUUUCUGCUGGCGGUUGGUGGGCACUAUGGAUGGGGAGUGGCUGCUGUGACAUGUCAUCCACAUGCCACCUGAGUGUAAUAAUUGUGAAGGGGGAGAGUGAGAUGUUAUUUUGGAGAGGACAUGUCAGAUCAUUCUUUAAUCUUUUUUUUUUUUCUCAAACUUGUUUUCAAAUCUCAGUGGCUGUUCAGUGUCCACACCUCCUCAGGGAUGAGGGGGAAGCAGGGAGCUAAUUCCUAGCUGUUCCAUCCAGGGAGGCUUUCCCAACUCCUUCUUCCCACAUCUAUUAAAAAGUUAUAAUAAUCAAGUGCUGAUUAGAGAUUCUGGAGUUCUCCAUGAAACUUGGGUUAAGUUUGCUGAGAAUAUCCAGUUAGCCACUCAGGCUAGGGGUAAAAUGGAACAAAGAAAGAGCAGUAGGCUUCUGGAACAAGGUGGGCUGACUACAGAGCGCAUGGUGGGCUCAGCCCUAAAAGAAGAGAGAUGGUCUCUUGCCUGUGUCCCCACCGCAGGGCUAACUGCCUGGCCCUCCCACUUGCAGCCAGUCCCUCUGGCAGCAGUUUCUCCCAAGACCUGGGCCUUGAUCCCACGGUGGCCGCGGUGGCAGGAGGCAGAGCAGACUGCGGAGGAUGGGAUGCCAGUUGGAGAGGGAAGGCGCGGGACCACCAGGAGGAUGAAAAGACCCAAAGCAAGUUGACUGUUAGGAUGUAAGGAAAUCGUGCGCCUGUUAUGUUCUGCAAAAUGAGCAGCGUUGUAUCAAAUUGAUGCAAAUUUAGAUGUGUGAUACUUAAUAAAGUUUUUAAUGUGUUUUA